CUCUAGCAGAGUCGCUCUCCAGCUCCUGCAGGACAGGAGUCACCUCACAGCGCAGACACGCCACACAUGGCACUCAGCCCUCAGCACAGCUCCACCGGGACCGUCCAAACAGAUGCCGCCCUGGCGGGGAGGCAGUGCCUCCCGUCUGCCACCUGGGCCGCCCUGCUCCUCAGCCUGGUCUUCGCCUCCUUCCACUCGGCUUGCUGGGCAGAAACGAGCAGCAGCAACAACUCAGCCUUGGCAACCGUCCACCCAGAUGCCAUGACCCUGGAGCAGUGCCCCAAUGUGGACUUCUGCCCGCUGGCUACCCGGUGCUGCCACAUCGGAGUGGACGAGUACGGCUGGAUCGCGGCGGCCGUUGGCUGGAGUCUCUGGUUUCUCACCCUCAUCCUGCUGUGUGUGAACAAGCUGAUGAAGCUGACCCCGGAUGAGCCCAAGGGCCUGCAAGCGUGACACUUGGCAUCGCAGCCCGUGAAGGGCAGGCACCACCAGUUUAGGGAUGCAGUGGGAGGGGAGUAUUGCUAAAGCAACUUCCUUCAUUUUCAAGUCGUUUUCACCUUUAAGCUCCAGUGACUUGUUUUUUAUUGGUUUUAUUUUUAGGUUUUGCUGUAGGGCUUGCACGCUUGCCAGAAAGAGACAAGAGAGGG